UCAGCCCGACACAUUGGUGUCUUGAGGCAGCCAGAGCCGCUGUCCGUCUGUCGGCUUACUUCGUUAUUUCUUAACGUCGCUGUUAGCAACCGGCAGUUUAUAUUUGUUGAAACUACAUUUUUAAAGUAUUUGUUUGAGCGGGAAACUUCUCACCUUUUUCUUUUUCAGCCGUUUUCUUGUAAAGGACUAAAGAGACACGAAGUUCCUGCGUUGCUAACUCCCGAUAGCAGUUAGCAUCAACAGUUUACGUCACUUUGAAAGUGAACGCACGGUGAGCUACUUGAAGCUAACUGCUAUCUGACUGUGACGUAGCUCAAACUAUUAACAGCAUUGUGUGUUGAAAUUCGGCUUCUUUUUUUGGGAACUUUUCGCUUUUCUUUGACCCAACUUCGGUGUCUAAAACUCCGGAACUUCCGCGGAAAUGGAGCCUUAAAGUUGACCGUAAAUUAGAGGAACCCUGGUGGGAACAGGCAGCGUCACUUUAAAAGUGAACGCACGCUGAGCUAAUUUAAGCUAACUGCUAUCUGACUGUGACGUAACUCAAACUAUUAGCAGCACUGUGUGUUGUAAUUCGGCUUCUUUUUUGGGGGAACUUUUCGCUUUACUUUGACCUAAAAACUCCCAAAACUCCGGAACUUCCAGGUGAACUUCCGCGGAAAUGGAGGCGUAAAGUUGACAGUGAGUUAGAGGGACCCUGGUGGGAACAGGUAAAGUGACUUUUCCGGCCCAGUUCGGUUAUAAAUCGUGUCCUAGGUGGUGAGGCAGGAUGGCCGGGGACUCCACGGUGAACUUCAGCCUCCUACACCGGACCUGUAAACUGGUGGUGCUGCUCUGUUUCCUCCACAUCUCCGUCACUGUCUUCUUCUACGUCCGCUCUCUGGACAUCCGCUUCGCCUUCGUCCGGAACCAGCAGUCGCAUAGCAACAGCACCACGGACAUGAACCCGGUCAGAAACAUCCCAGAAUAUACCCCCGGACUGGAGCUAAACAUGGCCGCAACCAAGACUCAGAAAGACCAAACCAAGGAGCAGACGGCCAAAGUGAAGAAGGCGGAGGAACCAGAGAAGAAGAAGGCGGAGGAACCAGAGAAGAAGACAGUGGAACCGGUGAAGAAGGAACCAGAGAAGAAGCUGGAGAAAUGUCCUGAAACAUCUCCUCUGCUGGUGGGUGCUCUGCGCGUGGAGUUCAACAUGCCCCUGGACCUGCAGCAGGUGGAGAAGGAGAACCCGAACCUGCGGCCCGGUGGGCGGUUCUGGCCCCGGGAGUGCGUGGCCCAGCAGAAGGUGGCCAUCAUCAUCCCGUUCAGGAAGAGAGAGGAGCACCUCAAGUUCUGGCUCUACUACCUGCACCCCAUCCUGCAGCGCCAGCAGCUCGACUACGGCGUCUACGUCAUCAACCAGGAUGGAGACGAGACGUUCAACCGAGCCAAGCUGCUGAACAUCGGCUACGUUGAGGCCCUGAAGGAGUACGACUACGAGUGCUUCGUCUUCAGCGACGUGGACCUGAUCCCCAUGGACGACCGCAACACCUACAAGUGCUUCAGCCAGCCGAGACACCUGUCGGUGUCCAUGGACAAGUUUGGCUUCAAGUUACCUUAUAAUCAGUAUUUUGGAGGCGUUUCCUCGCUGAGUAAAGAACAGUACCUGAAGAUCAACGGCUUCCCCAACAACUACUGGGGCUGGGGGGGGGAGGACGACGACAUCUUCAACAGGCUCUCAUCUAGAGGAAUGUCCAUCUCCAGACCGAGCGGCGACAUUGGGAAAUGUCGCAUGAUCCGCCACCAGAGAGACAAAAAGAACGACCCCAAUCCUCAGAGGUUUAACCGGAUCGCCCACACCCGAGAGACGAUGCAGAAAGACGGGAUCAACUCUCUGACGUACCGCGUGGUGAAGGCCGAGAAGUUCCACCUGUACACGCUGAUCACCGUGGACGUGGGGAAGCCAUGACGACCGCGCCCACAGCAGUAAAACUCCUCCAGGUCCUGGUCCUGGUCCAGGUUCUGGUUCUGGGUCUCCAACGGGACGGACUUGUUGUUUUUGCACAAACACGCGGCAGCGAAAAAGCUCUGCGCUGUUUUUCUUCUUCUUUCUGCCGGACGCUCAGACACUCUGCUGCCACACAUCACCAACAAGGCCUUUUAUUUUGAAAAUCAGCCAGGCCUUUUAUUUUGAAAAUCAGUCAGAGACAAUCAGGGUUACUGGGUUGUCCCGGUGCGGGGGUUUAUCGGUGAGGGAUUCUGGGUAAUCAACAGGGUGGGGUUGGAUCCUCUCUGAUCCAGAUUCUGCGUUUUUAGUUAGUUUUAGUUAGUUUUUCGAGGCGUUCAACAAAGGUCCAAAAAGCUGGAACCACUUCACUGCUCCUGGUCUGAGGUCACGGUCCAGAGGAGACCCCAAAUCCUCCUCACCUCGAGGUCCACUCAGCCAGCCGUCUGUCUGUCUGUCUGUCUGUGGGUCUUUGUGGGUCUUUGUGUGUGAAAUGAUAAUCAGGAGAUUCAUUCAUCUUUCUUCUCUCUCUUUUUUUUUUUUUUCUCAUAAAAACUUUGAUUAUGUGAUUUAAUUUAAAAGCUGCAAAAUGUAACCAAAAAUCUGUUUAAUGCAGGGUUUCCCCCGGGGGCGAGUGACCCGCUCCAGCGUCCCUGUAUCGCCCGAUUUAGUUUCUGUGAUAACGAACGGGAUCGCACAACUCAGAAUAAAAAA